GCGAAACUUAGACCAACAGUUCUCCUUAGCUAUGGAAGUGCGUCAUUUCAUGUGAAUAUUUCCCUUUGUCGUGUUAACGGAAAGAAGGAAUAUAAUCGAUCGUCUGUAAACUAACCUUUAGAUUCCUAAUAAAAACAUAUCGAAAUGGCAGCGUUGAGCAACACGACUCUGAAGACUUUGGAGGACUUGACUCUGGAUUCUGGAUAUGGAGCAGGAGACUCCUACAGAUCUCUCAGCCUGUCCUCCUCCAAAUCGAACUCGCAGGCGCGCAUCAGUUCUUCCCAACGGGGUAACUGGUGGAGCUACGCGGGCUCUAUGAACAGCAGAAACAACAGCUGGGACACGGUAAACACGGCGCUGCCCGAAGACCCAGAAGACACCUUCUCCAAGUGUCCAAGGUUACCAGAGUUAGAGGAGUUCCCUUGGGCGGACGAGGAGAUCGAUGCCGUCUUGCGCAAAGUGUCUGGAGAGGGGGCAUCUUUAGCUCCGGAGAGUGUCAGGAGGUUAUCCACCCUGAUGCGCAGAGCUCUACUGAGGAUCUCCAGAGAAGCACAGCGGCUGAGUGUCCUGCAUUGCAGGUGCACGCGCUUUGAGGUGCAGAGUGCUAUUAGACUGGUCAUGAGCUGGGCGCUCGCGGAAAGUUGCGUGUCGGCCGCGGUUAAAGCGAUAUCGCUGUACAGCAUGAGCGCUGGAGAGGUCCUGCGCAAAAGCAAGUCCUCCCGCUGCAGACUAAGCCUGUCUGUCGGACGCUUUUUCCGCUGGAUGGUGGACACUCGGAUCUCGGUGCGCAUCCAUGAAUACGCUGCGAUCUGUUUGACGGCUUGCAUUGAGAAUCUAGUGGAGGAGAUCGGGUUGCGUGUGCUGGAAGCGCAUAACGGGACAGCCGUCUCUGAAGUGGGAGCUGACGCGCUGGAGGCUUUCGUCAAUAACGACGCGGAGAUUUUCGGUCUUGUUCAGAACUAUGAACACCUCAUCUGCGGAAAAAAUGCCAAUGGUGAGCUAUCCCUGCCUGCUUAUUUCAGCCCGUAUGCCGAGGGUCCAGGCACGGCUGCAGAGAGCAGAGAGAAUGCAUACGUGCAGCUGGAGCUCAGGACGCUGGAACAGGCCCUGCUGGCCACCUGUGUGGGCAGCCUCUCAGAACUCAGUGACUUGGUGUCCCGUGCAAUGCACCACAUGCAGCGGCUGGUUUCAACAGGUCCGAGUCUUUCUCCCGGCCGUCUUUUCUGCCGGCAGCCCAUCUCCUGGUCUCCAGAUGCCCUUCAUACACUCUACUACUACCUGCGUAGUCCACAGAUGGAGUCCCUGGAGAACCCCAACCUUGAGCCACCCAGAAUAGCCCUAAGUAAAGAGAGGCCUUUUCCUCUUCUUCCUCCACUAAUGGAGUGGAUGCGUGUUUCCAUGGUGCAUGCGGAGCAUCGACGGAGUCUGUUUGUAGACAGUGAUGAUGUGAGACAGACUGCACGACAGCUUCUCCCUGGAUUGGAUUGUGAACCUAGGCAGCUCAAGCCAGAGUGCUGUUUUACCUCCUUUAAACGUUUGGAUUCAAAGGCCGCUGCGGACAAGUUUAAUCUAGACCUCGGCUUUCGCAUGCUUAACUGCGGCCGCACAGAUCUGAUUGGCCAGGCUAUACAGCUGUUGGGCCCAGAUGGGGUGAACACUAUGGAUGACCAGGGGAUGACUCCUCUAAUGUACGCCUGCUCAGCAGGGGACGAGGCUUUGGUUCACAUGCUCAUCAAUGCUGGGGCGAACCUGGAAGUGGCGGUUCCAAAUUGUUCACCAAAACAUCCCUCUGUCCACCCUGAGAGCCGCAGUUGGGUGGCUCUAACCUUUGCAGUGCUGCAUGGACAUAUAUCUGUAGUGCAGCUCCUGUUAGAUGUGAGGGCAGAUGUGGAGGGUUCAGCCCUGAGGAACGGCCACCACAGCUCUGCAGAAACGCCCCUGCAGCUGGCAUCCGCCGCAGGGAACUAUGAGAUGGCGAGUCUGCUGUUGUCUCGUGGAGCUGAUCCCAUGUUGCGGGUGCAUCUGACAUCAUCACUGUAUGAGGGCAUGAACUGCUUCAGUCAUGCUGCUGCGCACGGACACAGGAAUGUGUUGAGGAAACUGUUGAGUCAACCCCAGCAGCCACAGGACGAUGUGCUCUCUCUGGAAGAGAUCCUCGCUGAGGGUGUCGAGGAGCAGGAGGAACAUAAAGAGCAGGGACUGAAGGAAAGAGAAAAUACUCAUGGGGACGGAGGCACUCCACGGCUGUGUAAGGCCCGCAUUAGAGCCCUGCAGGAAGCCAGCUUGCACAGCGCCGAGCACAGAUACCUGGAUGUCACCAUGGAGCUCAGGGCACUGGGAGUGCCAUGGAAGCUGCACGUAUGGCUUGAGUCAGUGCGAAGCGCCGAGCUUCAGUGUAGGACAGAGCUGAGUCUUACUCUCCUCAAAGACUUUACAACAAUUGGACAAGAGAAAUACUGUGAGGAGUUGCUCUCCGAUGGACUUCCACUCCUCUUCGCCAUUCUUAAAACCAGCAAGAGCAGGGAGAUCCGUAAGCAGCUGGCAGCCAUCUUUAGCCACUGUGUUUCCUCUACAGCUGCCCCAUCUAUUCUGGCAGUAAAGGACACACCUACAGCUCAGCUGGAUUCCCAUUUUUUGAAUAAUCCAGAAAUGUCUGAUGUUAUGUUCGUGGUUGAGGGAAAGCCGUUUUACGCCCACAAGGUUCUCCUCAUGUCUGCUUCACUGAGGUUUAAAGAGCUGCUGAGCCUUUACAGGAGUAAUGCCACACCAGACCACAUGGCCAUUGAAAUCACUGACAUGAAGUACAACACUUUCCAUAUGAUGAUGGCACAUCUGUACUGUGGAGGAGCUAAAUGUUUAGAAGUGUCUAUUGGUGAUUUGUUGGAGCUCCUGGCUGUGGCACACUCAUUCCAGCUUCCUGUUUUGAAAAGACACUGUGAAACCCUCUGCUCAGAGAGAAUAAAUCUCAAUAAUGCUUUGAGAAUCUACCAAACUGCCAAGGUUUGUGAGGCUGUGGAACUGGCAGUCUUCUGUGAAGGCUUCUUCCUGCAGAACAUGGUCGAUCUUCUGGACUGUGAUCAUUUUGAAGAGUUGGUGUUGGGCUCUGACUGCACCGCUGCAUUGGAUCCUGAUGCUCUGGAUGGGAUGCAGGCUACUCUGGCAUCAAGGAUGCACUCAAUUUGCGGCCCACGUAGAGCUUGAAAGGGAGGAGAAAAUCAUCAGGGAGAAGAGAUAUGUACAGAAAACAUCAGAAAACAACAAGUUCAAAUGUGCAGGGGAGUAUCAUUUCCCAUACUAACCGUGUUAUUGUCGCUAGAAGACGUCCAACGAUUUGUAAAAAAAAAUGUUAGUUGUAACUUAAUGGGAUAUUUAAUGGGAUAUUUAUACAUUUAAAGCUAAAAGGAUGAAAUUGAGUUAAACCUUACUUCUCGGAUAAUGAGACAACGAUGUGCUUCUGAGAACAGAACUCGUAAACUGUGUAGCGUCAGCGCCCUCCAGUGGUCAAAGCAGUCCUACAUAGGUUUAAUAUGCAGUAUGUACAUAGUAGUUUUGAAGAUACUUUUGUAUUCUCCUGUCAUUUUUUAAGUGUAAAUAAAUUCUUGCAUUAUAUACAGUCAAUAGUACAGUACCUUGGGAACAUUAAAAUCAUGUAAAUUAUUUGAUAUUACAGUUUUUAUGUAGUUAUUGGA